CCGACCGAGUCGUCGUCGUCCUCCGCGGGGAGUGCUCGGCCGGUGCAAGGUGACCGUUGGCAGUAGCUUUUAAGUUUUGACCAACAAAUGGCUCCAACAUUUGUCUUCACACCUCAAGCUAGAUAGCCGUUGCUGCGUAUGUAUAUAUAUCAGUUAUCAGCAUACACACACACGGCAAAUCCUUAGCUCGAAUGGAUCCUCGUGGCGCCGGGCCUUCCCUCCUGACCAAGCUCGGCGUGGGCGCCCUCACCUGCAACUCCGCCGUGGCGGCGUACCGGUCGCGGCGGGACCCGGCCUCGCUCGCGUUCGUGGCCGCCGCCUACGCGGCGCUGCUGCUGCUCCUGCGCUCCCUGCGCGGGCUCGAGCGCGCGCCGCCGGUCGGCUGGGGCCGGGGCAGGGUCAAGGCGGCGGUGUGGGCGCUCUCGACGCUGCUCACCGCGAUGUUCGCGUCGCGCGUGGCCCCGCUGGUGCCGGCGGCGGUUGGGGUCGCUGUCUGGGUCAUGGCGGUCGCGACGGCCGGCGGCGGGUUCUGGGCCUUCUUUGUUGCUGCCUAGUAGUAAGCAAAGACUUGGCUGGCUUCGAUGUCGUCGUGCGGCGGCAGGGAUCGAGCUGCUGGUUAAUUAGAUGACGCAGUGGUGUACUUGUACCUGAUUUUUUUUUUUUGAAAAUACUUGUACCUGAUUUUGGUGUAACAAAAUGCGGCCAAUAUAUGUAGUCGGUAACUUUCUUUUUA